AUGUUUCACUCUUUCCAAGCGCUCAACCAAGGCCGGGUGACCAACUCCAUCUCAAAUCGUCAAGCAAAUGAGAAAAAUCAACGGAAGUCAUUGAUUGCUUGCACUUCUUGUCAAAGGCGUAAAAUAAAAUGCGAUGGGAAAACGCCCUGCAAUUCUUGCCGGUGGUAUAAAAAAGCGGAUCGGUGUGAAUAUGGGGAUCGCACACCGUCAUGGGGACAAGUCGAGAGGCUCUCUGCGGAAAUAGAGAAUCAUCGCAAGAUACUCAAAAUGAUACUGCCCGAUGUCGACACAGAUUCUCUGGUCGGCCUUUCCCGAGAAAAAUUACUCGAGUUAACAGCAAAAGAGGGAUCCCAGUCGCAUGGGGAAGCCUCGCAUUUGGUUUCUCCUGCAACAUCACCAUCCCGACAACCCAACCCGCAUUUUACGGCCACUGAAGACCCCAGUCUGGAGUCCCUGCAGAGCAUCCCUGAAGACCAGCCGUCAGAUUCACCUGAAAUGAACGAAGAUGUCUCUGACGAUGUCAAUGCUUUACGCCUCUCGACAAAUCCAACAUCUUCAUACCUGGGCAUAUCUUCAAUCCAGGCUGCACUGAAAGUCAUCGUCUGGCUAGACCCCACUCAUACCACUUUUUUACCAAGCUCAUCUUCUGUAUGGAACGGCACAUCGGAUGCCCAACUACAGUACCAGCAAGCGGAUCCGUCACAUUACCAUCCUCCAUUCUCGGAGACUCAUAUGGUGAACGCCUAUUUUGUCUACAUCCAUCCAUUCACGCCGUUAAUCGACAAAGAGGCUUUCUGGAAAUCCUACCUGGCUGGUGAUCGGACAGAUGAUCGCUGGCUUGCACUACUGAAUAUUGUGCUUGCACUCGGCUGCAUUGCAGAAGAAACACCUUCAAACGUAACGCACCGGUCAUACUUCAAUGCAUGCAAGAAAAACCUCGAUCUAAGUGCACUGGGAAAACCCCAUCUGGAGACCAUUCAGACACUAGGUCUGCUGGGUGGUUGGUACUCUCAUUACAUCAGCCAGCCGAAUCUGGCAUGGUCAUUGCUUGGUGCUGCUCUGCGGAUGGCGGCCGCGAUGGGGAUUGAUAGAGAAACGAAAGAAAUUCCUCAUUUCCCACCAGUUGGUCUCAGAUGCCGUGUGUGGUGGUCGUUAGUCUGCAUGGAUACCUGGGCAUCCAUGACGCUAGGUCGGCCUAGUAUGGGCCGGUUUUCUGUGAAUAGCGUCAUUCGGCCGCUGGAUAAUGAAGUCAAGAUUCACUCACUGGAGACAUUUCUUUUAAUCGAGAACGUCCGAUUUGCCAAAAUCGCAACCGAUAUCCAAGAGCUUCUCGCGUUGUCGCCAUUGAUACCGCACCCAGAGUUAGCUGAGCUGGAUAGAAGGCUCCUGCAGUGGUGGGAGAGCCACACACAAUUGCUCAAGUACUACGAGUCACAUUCAGAAUCAGUUACCACGGUGCUGGCCGUGGUACGGUGGCGCUUUUAUAACCAAAGAAUGCUGCUAUAUCGACCCAUUUUACUGAGCUACGCAAUGCGGCGCAUAUCAUAUUCCGCCCUUCGACCAGAAGAGCGUCUGGAAAUUGCAAAGUGUCGCGAAAUGGCCGAUCUCCAUAUAAAAGAUAUCGCAGCCACCGUCCGUCCCAAUCAGUUAAGCGGCUGGAAUGCGGUGUGGUGGACAUUCCAGCUAGCCUUGAUCCCUUUGAUAAGUCUCUUUCUCAAUGACUCAACAGCCAGGGCGGAAGAUUCACGUGCUAGCUUCGAGUCUUGUCAGGCGCAGGUGCAGCUAGCCAUGACGACUCUUGAGCGGAUCCAGUCCUAUGGACAUAAGGCUGAACGGUCUUUGAAUGUGAUCAGUCACCUUUUCGAAGCAAGCAAACGUGCUCUAGAAAUGGGUGACGGGGAUUCUGGUGCUAGUGAUAUGAGUGGGAAGUUGGGAGAUGAGGGUGAUUGGAUUUUCCCAUCCCUUGAUACGACGGAUGACCAGUAUUUGCUGUGGGAGUAUCUCAGCUGGAGUGACAAUGAUUUUUGGGUCGACACAAGGAAUGAAGGGUAA